AUCCCUUGCCUGUCUGAUCAAAAUGGAGUAUAACCUGGGUUUCUGGAAAUCCACCAGCAAUGGUUUUAGUCCACAAGAUUUUUUCCAUGAUAUUUCUACAUCCGUUUCUCCCACCUUUGCUCAUCACUUUGCGUAUCGUCGGGAAUCUGAGGAUGGGAAAUUGACAGAGGCUUACAAAGCAGGGAGCACUAUUCGGGUUUACUUACCAAACAAGCAGCGUACUGUGGUGAGCGUGCGACCAGGCAUGACUGUGCAAGACAGUCUGAAAAAAGCUCUAAAAGUCCGAGGUCUUCAGCCAGAUUGCUGUGCAGUCUUCAGGCUGCCACAAGGAUGCUCAAAGUAUCGUAUAGAUUGGACCACUGAUGCUACCUCACUGAUUGGUGAAGAACUGGUGGUUGAGGUCUUGGACCACCUCCCUCUAACUACCCACAACUUUGUCCGCAAAACUUUUCUGAAGUUGGCAUUCUGUGAUAUCUGUCAGAAAUUUCUUCUAAAUGGCUUUCGGUGUCAGACCUGUGGCUACAAGUUUCAUGAGCACUGUAGCACCAAAGUGCCUACAAUGUGUAUCGACUGGAGUAACGUGAGAGCUUAUCAAGCAACCACACCAAACUCCAAACUCUUCUCCACUUCUGAUGGGGUAGUGCCAUCUAUUAGACAAAUGACUACACGGCGAGUACGUGAGUCUUUUUCUCGACUUCCUGAGAGCUUGCAGUACAGGCAUUCCACCUCCCAUGCCUUCAACUGUCCCAUGCCUUUCUCGUCUACUGAAGGUCAGCUCUGCCAGCGGCAAAGGUCUUCAUCCACUCCCAAUGUUCACAUGUCCAGCACCACCAUGCCGAUUGAUAAUAGCAUUAUUGAGGAUGUAAUUAGAAGUCACACUCAAAGAGUUCCUGCACCAGCACUGUCGAAUAGUCCGCCCAGUUUAAGUCCAACACGUGAAUCUAAGCAGAAGUCUCCAGUUCAAACUCACAAAGAUAGAAGGCCAUCAGUGACAUCAGAAGGAAUAAAGAAGAUUCGUCCACGUGUUCAAAGAGAUUCCAGUUACUAUUGGGAAAUAAAAGGAGAGGAAGUUGUAUUAUUAAAACGAAUAGGCUCUGGAUCCUUUGGAACUGUGUUCAAAGGGAAAUGGCAUGGUGAUGUAGCUGUAAAAAUUCUAAAGGUGACAGAUCCAACACCAGAACAACUUCAGGCUUUUCGGAAUGAAGUCCAGGUACUAAGAAAGACACGACAUGUGAACAUCUUAUUAUUUAUGGGCUACAUGACCAAGUUUAACUUGGCUAUUGUUACCCAGUGGUGUGAAGGCAACAGCCUCUAUCAGCAUUUACAUGUGCAGGAAAUAAAGCUGGAGAUGUUUCAGCUCAUUGACAUUGCUCGCCAGACAGCCCAAGGGAUGGAUUACUUACAUGCAAAGAAUAUUAUCCACAGAGACAUGAAAUCAAAUAACAUCUUUCUUCAUGAAGGCCUCACUGUGAAGAUUGGAGAUUUUGGCUUAGCAACUGUGAAAUCUCGAUGGAGUGGGUCCCAACAAGUAGGACAGCCAACGGGUUCCAUUCUUUGGAUGGCACCCGAGGUCAUCCGAAUGGAGGAAGUUAAUCCAUAUAGUUUUCAAUCUGAUGUCUAUUCAUAUGGCAUUGUACUAUUUGAACUAAUGACCGGAGAGCUGCCCUACUCCCAUAUAAACAAUCGAGAUCAGAUUAUUUUUAUGGUGGGACGAGGAUUUUUAACACCUGACCUCAGUAAACUCUACAAAAAUUGCCCCAAAACAAUGAAGAGACUUGUAGCAAACUGUUUGAACAGAAAUAAGGAUGAUCGACCCCUCUUUCCUCAGAUUUUAUCUUCUGUUGAACUAUUGCAACAUUCAUUACCCAAAAUCCACCGUAGUGCCUCUGAACCCUCUCUACAUAGAGCUGCACACACUGAAGACUUGAAUCCAUUAACCUUAACGUCAACAAGAGUGGUGGCUUGCUAACUGAUCUCGAGUUGAGAGCAAUGGAGAAAGCUGUGUCGUUGAAUUUCUUUGGGUCAUAUAUGCAACAUCCAUUCACUUGUAAUCAAUCCUGAUACUGGUAUUGUUCAGGUUAACAAUACUAACUAGCAAGGUAAAAGUACAUCCACAUCAUUCAAUGUGUGGAAUCUUGAUAAACGUCAUGAAGCCUUUUUCAGAGGUGGACAAACUGACUUGUACACCUUGUCUGCAGCUGUUUUACCCAUUACUAUGCUCAUCAGCAAAUUUCAGACUGUGUGCUGGCUCCAGGUGGCUGAAUUGGAAACAACCACAUUACAGCAUACCACAUGAUGAUCCAAGCACCAAAAAACUUGAUUAUUAAAGAAGACACUUAUAAAGAAAAUAUUCACUGCUUUUAUAUUGACUUAUCAAAUCUGAGAACUAAAGGUGGACUAAUGCAGUAAACCGUGAGUCAGUAUGACGCAACAAAUGUGUUGAAGUUGUUAUAAAUAAUUGGGAGGUUUUUGUUUCACUUUGGUUUGGGAUUUUUUUUUUGCUAAUGAGUGGGGAUGAUGUGGUAUUCCAUUGAAUACCUGUAGAGUUGUUGUCAGUCCCAUGUGUUUUAAUAAAAUAAGUUAAUUUGAGUUUUA